AUGGCGCCGCGGCGGUCAUGCAAGAUGCUGUCUCCUCUUCGCUUUACAGUAUAUCUGCUGUUAUGCGCGGCCCCUGGGGCUUUUUCGUCCACUCUUUGGCUUCACAGAGACCAGCGUUUCAUGCUUCCGCAGGACAGGGGUUUUUCGUGGGUCAGUGCUAACGACAGGCAGCUUGGUGUGGAGACCCGCAGAUCAGGGCUGCUUGGAGGCAGUGAGCGCAAAGCAGCUUCAGCGACGCAUCAGCAUCGCGAUCGCAGAAGCGCUGCGGAAUCACCGCUGCCCAAGGUGUACGGAAAGGCGAACCUGAAUGACUCUCAUAACCAGAUGGUGGUGCACUGGGCGGGGGAGAAGAGCAACGUGAUCGUGGCGCUGGCCAGAGAUGGCGCGGGCGUGUCCAGCUCCAGCACCAGCUCGGUCUACGUGUCGUAUGACUAUGGCACCACUUUCACGACCAUCUUGGACCGGUUCCAGCUGCCCCCGAAGUCGAAGGCAAAGCAGGCAAUAGCCCAGUUCUACCACAGCCCGGCUGACAACAAGAGGUACAUCUUCGCAGACACCACUAACAACUACCUGUGGAACACCUUCGACUUCUGCAAGACCAUCCAGGGCUUCUCUGUUCCCUUCAAACCCACAGACCUCCUGCUGCACAGCACAAGACCCAAUCUGCUACUGGGCUACGACAGCUCUCACGCCAACAAAAAGCUCUGGAAAUCAGAUGACUUUGGUGAGACGUGGAUUUUGAUUCAAGAACAUGUCAAGUCGUACUUUUGGGGUGUGGAGCCGUACGACCCCCCCACCAUGGUGCUGGUGCAGCGGCGUGAGCCGCAGGGCGUGUCCAGCAUCCUGAGCAGCACCGACUUCUUCCAGAGCGAGCAGAACCGCCGCGUGCUGCUGGAGCGGGUCGACAGCUUCCAGCUGCGGGACAAGUACAUGUUCGCCACGCGCACUGCGACCCUGCUGGGGAGCCAGGAGCCAUCAUCUGUCCAGCUGUGGGUUUCCUACAACCGCCAGCCAAUGAGAGCUGCACAAUUCAUGACCCGCCAUCCAAUCACAGAGUACUACAUCGCAGAUGCAUCGGAGGACCAGGUGUUCGUGUGCGUGAACCACAGCAAUGUGACGCACCUGUACAUCUCUGACAUGGAGGGGCUGUCCUUCUCCCUGUCCCUGGAGAAUGUCCUGUACUACAGCCCUGACGGCUCCGGGAGCGACACCCUCAUCAGGUACUUUGCCAGCGAGCCCUUUGCAGACCUGCACCGGGUGGAGGGUCUGAGGGGGGUCUUCAUCACCACGCUCAUCAGCGGCUCCCUGAGCACAGACAGCAUGCGCUCCGUCAUCACCUUCGACAAGGGGGGCACCUGGGAGCUGCUGCCCGCCCCCACCGCCGACAGCCUGGGCGGAGCCAUGGACUGCCAGCUCUCCGCGGGCUGCUCUCUGCACCUGGCGCAGCGCUGGAGUCAGCUGCUGGACAUCCAGCUGCGCAGACUGCCCAUCCUGUCCAAGGAGUCUGCGCCUGGCCUCAUUAUGGCAACCGGGUCUGUAGGGCGGAGUCUGGCCAGCAAGCCCAACGUGUACGUGUCAAGCAGCGCUGGGGUGCGUUGGAGAGAGGCCCUGGCCGGCCCUCAUUUCUACACCUGGGGAGACCAUGGCGGCAUCCUGAUGGCCAUCCCACAGGGAGGACCCACCACAGAGCUCAAGUUCAGCACUAACGAGGGUGAGACGUGGACGUCGUUCCGGUUUUCGGAGGAGGCGGUGCAGGUGUACCAGCUGCUGACGGAGCCGGGGGAGAAGAGCACCAUCUUCACCAUCUUCGGCUCCUACGCUGAGCAGCAACACAGCUGGCUCAUCCUGCAGCUCAACGCCAGCGACGUGCUGGGUGUCCCGUGCACGGAGGGGGAUUAUAAGCGCUGGUCUCCGUCGGAUGAACGGGGCAGUUCCUGCCUGCUGGGGCGGGAGCUGGUAUUCAAGCGCCGCACCCCCCACGCCACCUGCUUCAACGGAGAGGACUUCGACCGGCCCGUCAGCGUGUCCAACUGCUCCUGCACCCGCCGCGACUACGAGUGUGACUACGGCUUCAGGCUGAGUGAGGACCUGUCGCUGGAGGUCUGUGUUCCUGACCCGGAGUUUUCGGGCAGUCUGUACGCCCCUCCUGUGCCCUGCCCCGUGGGCACCACCUACAGGCGCAGCAAAGGGUACAGGAAGGUGUCGGGGGACAGCUGCAGUGGGGGGGACGUGGAGGCCAGGCUGGACGGAGAGAUGAUGCCCUGCCCUGUGGGAGAGAGUAAUGAGUUCAUUUUGUACGCGGUGCGCAACUCCAUCCACCGCUACGACCUGGCGACCGGCACUGAGCAGACGCUGCCCCUGUCUGGCCUGCGGGAGGCCGUCGCCCUGGACUUCGACUACGAGCGCAACUGCCUAUACUGGGCCGACAUCGCACUCGACAACAUACAGAGGCUGUGUCUGAACGGCAGCUCCGGCCAGGAGGUCGUCGUGAGGAGGGGUCUGCAGAACGUGGAGGCCUUGACCUUUGACCCCAUCAGCAGGCUGCUGUACUGGGUGGAUGCUGGAGCACAGAAGAUCGAGGUGUCCAAUCCGGAUGGAGACCUGCGCCACACCCUGCUGAACUCCUCUGUUCUGGAGCACCCCAGAGCACUGGUGCUGAUACCCGGGGAGAGCCUGAUGUUCUGGACGGACUGGGGGGACCGGGCGGCGGGGGUGUACCGGGCGGGGAUGGAUGGGUCUAACGUGUCCUGCAUCGUGUCGGACGGCGUGCGCUGGCCAAACGGCAUCGCCGCGGACGACCGCUGGCUGUACUGGACCGAGGCGUUCGGAGACCGCAUCGAGAAAGCCGACUUCAUGGGCAGACAACGCAGCGUUCUGAUGGAGGGCCUGCCCCACCCCUACGCCAUCGCCGUCUUCAAGAAUGACCUGUACUGGGAUGACUGGUCGCGGAUGGCCAUUUUCAAGGCCCCGAAGUCAGGCUCCCUGGACGGUGAGCUGCUGGUGGGCCGCCUGACCGGGGUGAUGGAUCUGAAGAUCUUCUACAGGGGCAAGGCGAGAGGUCACAACGCCUGUGUGGAUAGGCCGUGCAGUCUGCUGUGUCUGCCCCGGCCUGGCCACCGUUAUACCUGCGUCUGCCCAGAGGGGGCGCCAACCACUCUCACGCCCUCCGGGGAGGUCCAGUGCCAGUGUCCCGCAGGAUACCAGCUGCAAAACAGCACCUGCAUGCGGUCAGAACACACCUGCCUGCCCAACCAGUACCGCUGCGCAAACGGCAGGUGCGUCAGCAGCAUCUGGAAGUGUGACAGUGACAACGACUGUGGGGACAUGAGCGACGAGCUGGAGUGCCCCACCACGUCAUGUGACCCUGAGGUGCAGUUUCGCUGUGUGGUGUCUGGCUCCUGCAUCCCACUGGCCUUUAAAUGCGACCAUGAGGACGACUGCGGGGACAACAGCGACGAGGAGCACUGCGAGUCUCACCAGUGUGGGCCAGGAGAGUUCACGUGUGCAAGGGGCGUGUGUGUGCGGGAUGCCUGGCGCUGUGAUGGAGACAACGACUGCAGGGAUUGGUCAGACGAGGUCAACUGCACGGUGGGCGAUCACACCUGUGAGGUCAGCAGUUUUCAGUGCCACACGGGUCACUGCAUUCCACAGCGCUGGGUGUGUGACGGAGAUGACGACUGUCAGGACGGAUCUGAUGAGGAGCCUUCACACUGCGGGGGUGGUCGCUGUAACGGGUUCCUGUGCUCCAACGGCACCUGCCUGCACUCCAGCGCUCACUGCAAUGGCGUGAAGGACUGCCCAGGGGGCACCGACGAGCAGCACUGCGACCCCCUCUGCACGCGCUACAUGGAGUUUGUGUGCCGGAACCGUGUGCAGUGCCUGUUCCAGUCUCUGGUGUGCGACGGAGUCCGGCACUGUGAGGAUGGGUCCGACGAGGACCCCGCCUACGCUGCCUGCCCCACACGGGCGGAGUUUGAGAAGACGUGUGACGCGUAUAACUUCCAGUGUGCGAACGGUGUGUGCGUGAGCCUGGAGUGGAAGUGUGAUGGGAUGGACGACUGUGGGGACUACUCCGAUGAAGCCAACUGUGGUACCUCCACAGAUGUUCCGGGCUGCUCGCGGUACUACCAGUACGAGUGCGGCAACGGCCGCUGUGUGCCCACCUGGUGGAAGUGUGACGGAGAGAACGACUGCGGGGACUGGUCUGACGAGGUCCACUGCACAGGGGGGGUCACUCCCCACACGCCGGCCCCUGGCCCGGUCUCCUGCUCCCCAAACCGCUUCCACUGCGGCUCUGGGGCGUGCAUCGUCAACACCUGGGUGUGUGACGGGUACGCAGACUGCCCCGAUGGCUCCGACGAGGUGGGCUGCCCCACAGGCUCUAACGGCACUGUGACCCACGCCCCUGUGCCCACUGCUCCGCCCUCUCCCGCCCUCCCUCCUGGCCGCUGUGCCCGGGGGCAGUUUCUAUGCCAACGGCCCCCUGUCUGCAUCCCCUCCUGGCAACGCUGUGACGGGCGGCCGCACUGCCGGGACGGCUCCGACGAGGCCCGCUGCCCGACCCGGGGGCCUCUGUCCUGUGUGAACGCCACCCUGUGUGCGGAUGGGGAGGCCUGUGUCCCAGACAGCGAGAGGUGCGACGGCUUCAUGGACUGCUCUGACCACAGCGACGAGAACAACUGCACGGCCGAAACCUUGGUCUAUAAGAUCCAGAACCUGCAAUGGAGUUCGGACUCUUCCGGGGCUGUCACCCUCACCUGGUCCCGACCCAAAAACCUGCCCCCCUCGUCUUGCUACUUCCUGGUGUAUUACAGGCUGGUCGGGGUGCAGCAGUGGACUCUCAUUGAGACUCACAGCAAUAAGAGCAGCUGCAGGCUGACGGUGCUGAAGCCGGACUCCACCUACCAGGUGAAGGUACAGACGCAGUGCCUCCACAAGCUGCAUAAAACCAACGAGCUGCUGACGCUACGCACCCCCGAGGGCUUGCCUGACCCUCCCCGCGAUCUGCAGCUGUCCUGUGACAAGGGGGAGGACGGCACAGUGGUAUGCUCCUGGAACCCCCCUGAUAAAGCACAUGGUCUGAUCCGGGAGUACAUCGUGGAGUACAGUGAGAAGGGCAGAGCUGAUUGGUCAUCGCAGCCCAGCACCAACACAAAGGUGGCAAUCAGGAGCCUGAAGUCCAGCGCCCUCUACAGGUUCAGGGUGGCAGCAGUGACUGGCCGGGGGUUGGGAAACUGGACUGAGAUCAAAGAGAUCAUCCCACAGAAAGCUUUGCCUCCCCCCUCCAUUUCUGUGGACCACAUUACAGAGAACUCUAUCAGCCUGGCUUUCAGUCUCACCUCCCAAUUCAAGGUAAAGCAGUAUGUGUUGGUGCUGUCCUGGGUUUUUGACGCCCAUGUGAAGGAGAGCAGAAACUACACUGUGGCGGGGAAGACUCUGAAAGUGACUAACCUGACCGCCGGCACUGCGUAUGAGCUGGCCGUCUGGGCACACACUGUUGUGGGGGACAGCCCCACCUCCCUGUCCCGCCUGCAGACCAGCGGCACCCAGCCACGCCCACCUUUCCUGAAGGCCCGCCCCCUCAACCAGACCUCUGUGGACUGCAGCUGGACUGGCACCAACGCAGAGCUGUACGGGGUGUUCUACGCCACCUCCUUCCUGGACCUGUACCGCAGCCCGCACAGUCAGAACAGUAGCACCAGUGGCACCAUCGUCACCGUGGACAGCGACCAGCAGUACCUCUUCCUCGUACGGGUGAUCUUGCCUUACCUGGGCCCCCCCUCGGAGUACGCCGUGGUGAAGAUGAUUCCCAACAGCAGGCUGCCCCCCCGGAACCUGCACAGAGUGCGAGUGGAGAAGACCCAGGCCACACUGAAAUGGCAGCCCCCCUACGACUCCCCCAGCGCCCCGCUGACGUACGUGGUGCACCUGCGGGACGCAGUGCGUAAGACGGAGCGCAGCUACAAGCUGAGCACGCAGAACAACACGGUGGAGUACACCCUGAAAGGCCUGGAGCCCGGCGGCCGCUACAGCGUCACCGUGCGCCUGCGCAACAUGAGCAAGGAGGCCAGCUACACCCUCAGCACAGUUCCCCUGCCAGCUCCAGAUGCUCUGAAGAUCCUGGCGGAGAAAGAUCAUGUCUUCCUGUUCUGGAAGAGCCUGGCCGUCAAGGAGAGGAGCUUCAACGAGAGCCGGGGGUACGAGGUCCACAUGUACGACAGCGUCAGCAACUCCACCUCCUACCUGGGCAACACCACCGACACCUUCUUCCGGAUCAGCAACCUGCAUGUGGGCCACAACUACACCUUCUCAGUGCAGGCGCGCUGCUUGGUGGACACCCAGCUGUGCGGAGAGCCAGCCCUGCUGCUGUACAGCGACUUGGCCGCAGGCCCGGGCGGUGGCGCGGCCUCCCGGUCGGGCUCCUCAGGGGACGUGGCGGUGGUGGUGGUGCCCGUGCUCCUCCUGCUGCUGCUGGCUCUGUGCGGGGGGCUGCUGGCCCUCUACCUGCGCCACCGCCGUCUCCAGAACAACUUCACCGCCUUCGCCAACAGCCACUACAACUCGCGCCUCGGCUCCGCCAUCUUCUCCUCGGGAGACGAGCUGGUGGAUGAUGACGAAGACGCCCCGAUGAUCAGCGGCUUUUCAGACGACGUCCCCAUGGUGAUAGCAUAGCGGGAUCUGUCUGCUUCCCUUCGCCUCACCCCACUGCCCUCCCCCCCCGUCCCCUCCCUCC